ACGGGCAACAUGACCUCACCGCCCUCAGUGAAAGCUAAAACCGAGACUAUCACACAAUAUUGUUUGUCCCUUACAAGAAAACUAAAGUAAUCGCAAUAGACAGCUAGAUAGUUUGUACUGCAUCAACACACAGUAUUUCUGGUCUUUCUGCGGAGUCAUAAGAUUUUGUCCUGUAAUUGCUCAAUCGGUGAAAAGUUAAUAGAAGAGUAGCAGCUGCACAUGCGCACGGAUUUCAGCGGCUCCCACGUGGGUGUAUGCGUCCAUCCAUCCUGUCCUGACAGCCUGCAGACCGCUCCAACCAAACCGCCAUCUGUCCAUCCACAACGAGCAGAGGUUUCUCCGGCACCCCAGGGGUUGAGAGGCAACUCAACUUUUCAUCCUAUACAGAGACUGAAGCGGCUAUAGGUUUUUGCACAGCGUCACAGGUGACCUGCUGCCUGAUUUGUAUCGAUCUGACCUGAUCUGGAUACAAAGCACUCAUGGCUGUAGUGAGGUUCUACAGUAAUGAAGUCGUGAAUGGACGAGCCUUCCAGAGGGCAGCCAAGCUCUACCCCCAGCUGUCAGUCGCCACUGAGCUGUGCUACAAUGUGGAGCUGACAGGCUGCGAGAGUCUCAGUACUGAGCAGAAGGAAGUUCUUCUCUGGUUGUUCCGUCCUCCCCUGCAGGCAGAGCCGCUGUCUGAGAAACCAAACCUCACAGAGGGCAGCGGGGAGAAACUGGUGGAAAUUGGACCCAGGUUGAACUUCUCCACUGCCUGGUCCACUAACACCGUGUCCAUCUGCCAGAGUGUCGGCCUCAGGAAUGUCACACGGAUCGAGCUGUCUCGCAGGUUUCUAAUCAAGCCAAAGAAUGGAGAGAGUGUGAAGGAGCUGAAUGAAGAUGUGAAGAAGCUGAUUGAAUGUCUGUAUGACAAUAUGACAGAAUGCAUCUAUCAACAUCCCAUCACCUCUUUCGCUGUGGAAAUCAAACCGCAGCCAGUGUUUGAGGUGGACAUCCUGGGGAAGGGUCGUGCAGCCCUGGAGACGGCAAACAAUGAUCUGGGUCUGGCCUUUGACUCCUGGGAUCUGGACUACUACACAUCAAUGUUCCAGAGAAUUAAAAGGAACCCCACAAGUGUGGAGUGUUUCGACCUGGCCCAGUCCAACAGCGAGCACAGUCGUCACUGGUUCUUCCGGGGGCGGAUGGAAAUCGACGGGCAGAAGCAAGAAGAGACUCUCUUCAGUCUUAUAAUGAACACCCAGCAGCACAGCAACCAGAACAAUGUCAUCAAGUUCUGCGACAACAGCAGUGGAAUCAGAGGGAUAGAGCUUGAGUGUGUUUACCCCAAAGAUCCAUCUCAAGCCAGCCCAUAUGAAACCCGGCUCUCCCUCAGACAUGUGAUCUUUACUGCAGAGACACACAACUUCCCAACAGGUGUAGCUCCGUUCAGCGGUGCCACCACAGGGACAGGAGGUCGCAUCAGAGAUAUCCAGAGUGCUGGAAAGGGAGGCCACGUCAUCGCAGGAACUGCAGGAUACUGCUUCGGCAACCUGCACAUACCAGGUUACAAUCUUCCCUGGGAGUCUUCAGGCGAGGGCUGGGAGUAUCCGUCCAGCUUCGCCCCUCCUCUGCAGGUGGCAGUUGAGGCCAGUGAUGGAGCCUCAGACUACGGCAACAAGUUUGGAGAACCUGUCCUGUCAGGUUUUGCACGUUCAUUCGGCAUGCGGCUGGCUAACGGAGAACGCCGAGAGUGGAUUAAGCCGAUCAUGUUCAGUGGUGGUCUGGGUUCUAUUGACGAUAAACAUGUAAAGAAAGAAGAGGCAGAUGCUGGAAUGGAAGUGGUGAAAAUUGGAGGGCCAGUGUACAGAAUCGGCGUGGGAGGAGGAGCGGCUUCUUCUGUAGAGGUCCAGGGAGACAACUCCAGCGACAGGGAUCUGGGCGCAGUGCAGAGGGGAGAUGCAGAGAUGGAGCAGAAGAUGAAUCGCGCUCUCAGGGCUUGUUUAGAAAGACGCAGUGGGAACCCAAUCUGCAGUAUACACGAUCAGGGGGCGGGAGGAAAUGGUAAUGUGCUAAAAGAGCUCAGUGAGCCGGCCGGAGCUGUAAUCUACUGCAGUAGAUUCAAGAAAGGUGACCCUACACUGAGUGUGCUGGAGCUGUGGGGGGCUGAGUAUCAGGAGAGCAAUGCCCUGCUUCUCCGUCCGUCAGACAGGUGCUUCUUGGAGAGGGUGUGCCAGAGGGAGAAGUGCCCUGUUGACUUUGUGGGAAACAUCACUGGAGACGGCAAGAUUGUGCUGGUGGAUGACGAGGGAGGCAGCAGUGACCAAGCAGCGAGUGGGCGCUGUCCCGUCGACCUGCAGCUGCAGUGGGUUCUGGGCAAGAUGCCGCAGAAGGUGUUUAAGAUGGAGCGACUGGCCGCAAGCCAUCCGCCUUUGGCUCUUCCUCCCGGGCUGAAAGUCAAAGAUGCGCUGAACAGAGUUUUACGUUUGCCUGCUGUGGCAUCCAAACGCUACCUGACCAACAAGGUGGACCGGUCUGUGACUGGGUUGGUUGCCCAGCAACAAUGCGUCGGCCCUCUUCACACCCCAUUGGCCGACGUGGCUGUUGUUGCUUUGUCACCGUUCAGCCUGGAGGGAGCAGCUACUGCCAUUGGGGAACAGCCAAUUAAGGGCCUGGUCUGCCCUGCGGCGGGGGCUCGCAUGGCUGUUGGAGAGGCUCUGACCAAUCUGGUGUUUGCCAGAGUCACAGCUCUAAGGGAUGUGAAAUGUAGUGGUAACUGGAUGUGGGCUGCCAAACUGCCUGGUGAGGGAGCCUGUCUGUGGGAUGCCUGCAAAGCCAUGUGUGAGAUCAUGGAUCAGCUGGGUGUGGCUAUCGAUGGGGGCAAGGACUCUCUGAGUAUGGCUGCUAGAGUGGGGAAAGAGACAGUCAAAGCUCCAGGUGCUCUGGUUAUUUCCACAUAUGCUGUUUGUCCUGACAUCACAGCCACUGUGACACCCGAUCUGGAGGACCCAGAUGGCAAAGGCGUGUUGUUGUGGGUUCCUCUCAGUCCAGGUCAUCAUCGUCUUGGAGGCUCUGCCCUCGCUCAGUGCUACAGCCAGCUGGGAGACUGCUCUCCUGACCUGGACCAGCCACAACUAUUGACUUCCUGCUUCAACGCCACACAGACACUUAUACACGAUCGGCUGCUGAGUGCAGGACAUGACAUCAGCGAUGGAGGCCUUAUUUCCUGCUUGCUGGAGAUGGCAUUUGCUGGAAACCGUGGGAUUGAUGUUGAGUUGUCAUCACAAGGAACUGGAGUCUUGGAGCUGCUGUUCAGCGAGGAGCUGGGUUUGGUUCUGGAGGUUUCACAGCGUGACAUAGAAACAGUGUGUCAGCGAUACAGUGAUGCAGGUGUGCAGUGCCAUCAUAUCGGCAGAACCUGCGCCUUCGGCCCAGAGGCUUUGGUCAGUGUUCGUGUGGAUGGACAGGAAGUACUGAAAGAGACGUUGCCUAACCUCAGAGCACUAUGGGAAGACACCAGUUUCCAGCUGGAGCGCCUCCAGGCCAGUGAGAUCUGUGUUAAACAGGAAGAAGAAGGGCUAGCCAACAGGACGCAGCCCUACUUCAAUCUGACCUUUGACCCCUCUGAAAUGUCCAGCAUCAGCCAGCUGAGGCAACCUCGUGUUGCUGUGGUCAGGGAGGAGGGCAGUAACGGAGACCGAGAGAUGUCUGUGUCUCUGUAUAUGGCCGGGUUUGAAGUGUGGGAUGUCACCAUGCAGGACCUGUGCUCUGGCUCACUAACUCUGGAGUCUUUCAAAGCAGUCGUGUUUGUUGGUGGAUUCAGCUACGCAGAUGUCCUGGGAUCAGCUAAAGGUUGGGCUGCUACUGUUGCGUAUAACCCCAAGGCCAAGGCUGAGUUCGAUCGUUUCCGGCAGCGAGAAGACACACUGAGUCUGGGUGUGUGUAAUGGCUGCCAGCUCCUCGCGCUGCUGGGCUGGGUGGGAGAAGGCGACGAUGGGACAGGCACUGAAGUGGUGCUGAGCCAUAAUAAGUCUGGCAGGUUUGAGUCUCGGUUCGUCAGCGUUGGGAUCCAGGGGUCCCCGUCCAUCUGGCUCAGAGGCAUGGAGGGCUCAGCUCUGGGGGUCUGGGUUGCACAUGGAGAAGGUCUGAUGCAAUUCCGUAGCUCCCGGGCCCAGGACCAGAUUAUUUCUGAUGGGCUCGCCCCCCUCCGUUACCUUGAUGACCACGGUCACCCCACUGAAGAGUACCCUCUGAACCCUAAUGGCUCCCCGCAGGGCAUAGCAGGGCUCUGCUCCAGGGACGGCAGACACCUGGCCAUGAUGCCCCACCCGGAGCGCUGCACCCUGGGCUGGCAGUGGCCCUGGGCCCCGAGAGACUUCAGACCUUCUCUCACACCUUCACCCUGGCUACGUCUGUUCAAAAACGCAGCUGUCUGGUGCAGCAGCACUCAGUAGUAACACUUGGUUUACAUUUCUUAUGCUGUCAGUGAGAUCAAAGUAUUAUUGUCUUUGUUAGGUUGUUGGUCAAGUGAAACUCUGUUUACAUGACUCUAUUACUCUGCUUUUUAUUUCUUGUGGUACCUUGAUGUGGUCCGUGUCUUUGCGUUAUUAAUGAUGCCUGCUCUAAUACUUUAUAACUUUGAGACUGGAUUUUUGUGGACUAUGUUUACAUUCUAUAGGUGUCAUUCUGGCAAUCAGUAUAUUUCUCAGAACAGUUUUUUACCAAUAACAUCUCCCAAUAUUGUCACUGUUGCUGAAACUAUAGAAAUGGAAUUUGCUCAGAAAUAAAUUAAUAAAACAUG